AUGAUUGAAGAAUCCCCAAAAGUUCCAGCUGAAGGAGCUUCCAAGUCUGUAAGAGACAAAUAUGACCAUUUGCAGGCGGCUAAUAACAAGGAACAAUACUACAUGUUGACUAGUAUGGUGGACAGUCUCAAGAAAAAGAUGGAGUAUGUCGAGACGACCUACAAAAUCAAGGAUCAACUCCAAGACAUGUUCAGGGCAAAGUCUGUGCAUACUUGUUUUGAGGCCACCAAGAAAUAUGCUUGUGCUCAGAUGGCACUGUCUCAGCACACACAUGUUAACCUGAUCAAGAUGACCAACUACUUCCAUAAAGCUAAACUGCACGGAGCAAUAACAGAUGAGGAGACUCAAGUCAGCUUCAUCCUCAAAAAUCUCUCUCUAGCUUUCCUGGCAUUUACAACCAAUUAUGUGAUGAGCAAACUCAAGUAUGGUCUGACGCAUCUCAUGAACGAGUUUCCGAGUCAAUUAUGGGUGGACCAAGUAAGGUAG